AUGACAGACAGAGAAGGGUGCAUUGACAAUGUACCUUAUGAUUGUAUAUAUGAUGAUGGUCCUUUAGGUUUUGAAAAAAAUAACACUGACACUAUAAAAAAAUUUGUGGUGCAGGAUUCUUUGGAGGAAGUAGAUAUUGGUAACGGUGAUUAUCCUAGACCAACAUAUGUGAGCAAGAUGCUGCCUGAUGAUUUCAAACAAGAAAUGGUGAAAAUUUUGAAGGAAUAUUGCUACUGUUUUGCAUGGGAUUAUGCAGAGAUGCCAGGCUUGAAUCGUGAAUUAGUAGAACAUCAACUGCCAUUGAAAGUCAAUGUCAAACCUGUAAAGCAGCCACCAAGGAGAUUUACUCCUGAAGUCGUGCAGAAGAUUAAAGAAGAGGUUGAAAGGCUUCUUAAGGCUAAGUUUAUAAGAACAGCAAGGUAUGUCAACUGGAUUUCUAAUAUUGUUCCUGUCAUGAAAAAGAAUGGAAAAUUAAGGGUUUGCAUUGAUUUUAGAAAUUUAAAUUCUACAACACCAAAAGAUAAAUAUUCAAUGUCUAUAGCUGAUAUGUUGAUAGAUUCUACUGCUGGUCAUGAAAUGUUAAGUUUUAUGGAUGGAUAUUCAAGUUAUAAUCAAAUAUACAUAGCUGAGGAAGAUGUGUCAAAAACUGUAUUUAGGUGUCCGGUGCUUUAG